CGCAUGUUUAGUCGCAGUUGUGUGCCCGGGUGGUGCGCGUCGGUUUGCUGCGGUUGCUCGGCUCGCGAGUAUUUGGGCGUGGCUGAGAAAUCUUCUUGAUUUUCUCGUUUUUGUUUUAGAUUUAUUUUGAACACUCCUUGCUUGAUUUAUUGCUCCUCUUGAAUGCACGUCUAAAGACACCGCUGACGUAGUCCGGGUGUGUUCUGUUGGGAAACACUCAGGGCCCUACAUAGUGCUGCAGCAAUGGACAAAUCAGCCAGGCUUCUGGUGCUGCUGCUUUCAUCUUUCCUGGUGGUAACCGCGGCAGCAGACGAUGACGAGGGCCACUGUCUGUGGUACGGCAGCUGCGGCCCGACCACCCUGUUCGGCGCCCACUCCAACUGUCCGUACACGGGGCCGGCCAAACCGCUCACCGAUCAGAAGUCCAUCGAUAUUCUGCGCGACACAUGCCCGUUCCUCUUCGAAGGAAAAGACGGGUCUGGCCCGCUCAACACGUGCUGUGACGGCGACAACAUCAAGGAGAUGGCCUCCUCGCUGGUGCUGGUCUCCUCCCAGUUCGCGCGCUGCCCCGUCUGCUACUACAACUUCCGCAAGUCCAUAUGCGAGAUGUCCUGCUCGCCUAGGCAGUCCACCUUCAUCAACGUCACCGAAGUGAAACACGAUCGGGCGACAGAUAAGGACUAUGUCGCGCGGGUGACGUACUACCUGAGUCGUAACUACACCCGUGGCGUGUACGACAGCUGCUCCAAGGUGCAGAAUUCGCAGACAAACUCACCGGCAAUCGGUGCCAUGUGCGGACAGUGGGGCUGGUACCGCUGCAACGACGAACGGUUCUACGACUUUCUCGGCCACAACCCGUACACGCCGUUCCCGAUUGACUAUCAGCUAACGGAGGAUGGUGACGAUGUGUCUCCGUACACACCGCUCAGCCCCGAGAUCCAGACGUGCAACGAGACCUUCCAGACGCCGACCGGGAAGCGUAUCGAGGCGUGCAGCUGCUCCGACUGCCCGGUGUCGUGCCCUGUGGCGCCGCCGAUCCCGGCCCCGCCCGGCGACUGGAUGAUCGGCCCCGUCUACGGCUCCGUGGUCGUGAUGGCCGCAGUGUUUGUGGCACUGGCUGUGCCGUUCGUCUGCGUGUUUGUCUGCUGGUACUCGCGCAACAGAGUAUCUGCUCCUCUGGAUGACCGUGACAAGUCUGGCAGUCCGCACGUGGACAUCACUCAGGCCUCGUGUCUGGAGCGCUGGGGAGCCAUCAUGGAGCGAAACGUCGAGCAGUUCUUCCGCUCCUGGGGCACCUUCUGUGCCAUGCACCCGGUGCCGAUCCUGAUCAUCGGCCUGCUGGUGGCCGUCGGCCUGUCGUUCGGUGUGGUCAAACUGAAGGUCACCACCGACCCGAUCGAGCUGUGGGCCUCACCCACCAGCCGCUCCCGCGUCGAGAAGGACUACUUCGACCAGAACUUCGGGCCCUUCUACCGGACGGAGAUGCUCAUUAUCCGCGCCAAGGAUCUGGAGCCGUUUAACCACACAAACGAGGGCGGUACCACUGAGUUCGGGCCGGCAUUCCACAAAAACCUACUGUCGGCAGUAAUGGAGCUGCAAAACUACAUUACAGAUAAUAUCACGGCACAGUACGAGAACCGCACUGUACGUCUCAGCGACAUCUGCUUCAAGCCGCUCUACCCAGACAACGCGUUCUGCGCCAUCCAGUCUGUACCCGAGUACUUCCAGGACGACCCGGCGCUGCUCAACCUGACCAAACAGGACGGAAACUACACCAUCAACUACCUGGACCACAUCAAGUACUGCCUGCUGAACCCCACCGAGAUGCAGGACCAGGACUUUGACUUCCAGCCGUGCAUGUCCAAGUGGGGCGGCCCGACGUUCCCCUACACGGCGGUCGGCGGGUUCCUGGGCGAGGGCCAGUCGCUGAGUGGCAGUGUGCAUUACCUGAACGCCACGGCGCUGCUGGUUACCUUCCUGGUCAACAACGACUACGACGCCAGCCGACUGGGGCCGGCCAUGGCCUGGGAGCAGGCAUUCCUGGAGUACAUGCGCAACUACAGUCACCCGAACAUGGAGGUGGCCUACUUUGCCGAGCGUUCGAUCGAGGACGAGAUCGCCCGCGAGUCCGAGUCGGACACGACCACCGUGCUCAUCUCGUACCUCAUCAUGUUCGCCUAUAUCAGCAUCGCGCUCGGACAGUACAACGGAUCCUCGCGGCUGCUGAUCGACAGCAAGAUCACGCUGGGUCUGGGCGGCGUCAUCAUCGUGCUUCUCUCUGUGAUGGCUUCGCUCGGCGUGUACGGCAUGCUGGGCGUCCCCGGCACCCUGAUCGUCAUCGAGGUGAUUCCCUUCCUGGUGCUGGCUGUGGGCGUGGACAACAUCUUCAUCCUGGUGCAGGCGUACCAGCGCGAUCGCCGGCAGCCCGGAGAGUCGCUGGAGCAGUUUGUCGGCAGGAUUGUGGGAGAGGUGGCGCCCUCCAUGCUGCUCUCGUCGGCUUCAGAGUCGGCCUGCUUCUUCCUAGGCGCCCUGAUCGACAUGCCGGCGGUGCGGGCGUUCGCGCUGUUUGCCGGUCUCUCGCUGCUGUUCGACUUCAUCCUGCAGAUCACCUGUUUCAUCUCGCUGAUGACGCUCGACGCCAGACGCCAGGACUCGAACCGGUUCGACAUCAUCUGCUGCGUGCACGGCUCCAAGAAGGAACACGAGCGCCAGGAGGGCAUCCUCUACCGCGUGUUCAAGAACUUUUACGUGCCGCUGGUGAUGCAGCCGGCCGCGCGUGCCACCGUCAUCGUGGCCUUCCUCGGCUGGCUGUGCGCCAGUCUGGCCGUCGUGCCCUAUAUCGAGGUCGGACUCGACCGAGAGAUCUCCAUGCCGGAGGACUCGUACAUGCUCAAAGUGUUCCAGUAUCAGCAGGACUACCUGAGUGUCGGACCACCAGUCUACUUCGUGGUGCGUGACGGCCUGAACUACAGCGACGAGAACGUUCAGAACCGGAUCUGUUCGACAGUCAACUGCGACCGAAACUCGGUCGGAACGCAGAUCGCCAUGGCGGCGCAGCAGCCGCUGAGGACGUACAUUGCCAGCGCGGCCAGUAACUGGCUGGACGACUUUUACGACUGGAGCGUGUUUGGGUACGACGAGGAUGGCGUGCCGGGUGCCGGCAACGGCUGCUGCUUCAUCAACGUGACCACCGGCGGCUUCUGCCCCUCCAAACAGGGCAACGAAUACCUGCCCGACUGCACCAGCUGCAACAUGACGUUCAACUCGAACCACCUGCGUCCGUCGCUGCCGGCGUUCCGCGAGUACCUGCCGUUCUUCCUGCGCGACAACCCGAGCGAGACGUGCCCCAAGGGUGGACACGCCGCCUACGGAGACGCGGUGCGUGUGGUGCGGGACCCAGCCAACCGAACCAACGUGGGCGCCUCCUACUUCAUGGCCUACCACGGCAUCCUGAAGACGUCGGAGGACUUUUACACAGCGCUGCACUGGGCUCGCCACCUGUCCGACAACAUGACGGCUGCGCUGACUGAGGCGGCAGACGACGGACGCACACAUGAGGUUUACCCGUACAGCGUGUUCUAUGUGUUCUACGAGCAGUACCUGACCAUGUGGUCGGACGUGCUGCGCGCCCUCGGCAUCUCGAUCGCCACCAUCUUCCUGGUGUCGUUCUUCCUGAUGGGCCUGGACUUCCACUCGGCCUUCAUCCUGCUCAUCAUGAUUGUCACCAUCAUCACUAACCUGGCCGGCAUGAUGUACUGGUGGAACAUCUCGCUGAAUGCUGUGUCGCUGGUCAACCUGGUGAUGGCGAUCGGUAUCUCUGUGGAGUUCUGCAGCCACAUCACGCGCGCGUUCGCCGUCUCCCUGGAGCCGACCCGUGUAGAGCGUGCCACCGACGCCCUCACCAACAUGGGAUCGUCGGUGCUCAGCGGUAUCACUCUGACCAAGUUCGGCGGAAUCAUCGUGCUCGGGUUCGCCCACUCGCAGAUCUUCCAGAUCUUCUACUUCAGGAUGUACCUGGGCGUGGUGCUGCACGGCGCCUCGCACGGCCUCAUCCUGCUGCCGGUUCUGCUAAGUUUCAUCGGGCCGCCUCUGAACCCCUGUAAGGUGUGGUCGGCGCGCAAGGAGGGCGCCCGGCUGCUGGUGGCCGGCGGCGGCGGCGGCGUGGAGACGGGCGGCAGCGGCGACCCGGCCGCCCACCAGGCGGCGCUCCAGCGGCCCCCCAUACAGGGCUCCGGCGAACCGUAUACGUUCUCUCGAACGGAGUCAGGAGCGCCUCUUACGGCGGCAGAUGGAGCACCAGGAGCACAAGGAGCAGGAGUUGAGCCACACUCAGGACAAGACUAGCUCAGAGACGGCGGCUGGAGACGACGGCCAGCUGCGACAUGUCACCACGGGUUCCCUGUAGACCAUCGGACAGCGGCGGCGGCCGGCAGCCCCCUGACGGCCCUUCUCACCGACCCGCCGAAGGGGGCGACACCGCUUCGCGCCGCUUAUUUAUUGUUGCCAGUGAGCGGCGGGCGGGAGUCCGCCAGUGUGACCGGUCAUACAGCCGACCACGUGAUCUGAACCGAGCGAGGGGCGGUUAUAGGGGCCGCACGGAUCCGCCGGCUGGGCCGGCGGAGGACGGGGCGCGGACGCCGCGUUAGCGUGUGAUGGACGGGCGGAGCGGCCGGCCGGCGCUGAGCUCCAGUUGUGAUGGGGUGGGAGGGGGGCGACACGUCCCUCAGAGGGCGCCGCGGGACGGGCGGGAGGGCGCGGGGAGGGCUAAAUGCACCAGAGUAGUAGCCAGACUCGACGGAGGGCGCGCGGUGACCGAGGAUCGGGCGACUCGCCAGGCUUUGUUGUUCCUUAUCGUGGCUACAGCAGUGGAUGGUUUGUGUUCAAAUGUACGCUAAAUAUCCGAGUGUCGUGACCAUGUCAUAUUGUGUUAUAUAGUUGGCUUGCUACCACCAAAUAAACAAUGCUAUUUUA